GAUCUGGUGUCUCCUUCAAUGGAUUCACCACCUCCGGGCGGAGAGCCGCAGCCGCGAUCCCGGGGGAAGCCGAAACUUUGCUAGGAGACUUUCCCGGGAAAGACGGAAGCGGAGGCAAGCAAGAAAGAAAGGAAGAAAGAAAAGAAGAAGAGAAGAACGCCAGAAAGGAAGACUAGAACUUGGAGAGCUUUUGAACUCCGGACCAUGUGAGAACCGGCUGCAGAAUUCCUCCUGCCUUCUGCUUGUGCCCAAAAUGUCUAGAUUGGGGUGAAACCGACUCAACAAGAUUUUGCAAAGAAGCUCUUGCUACUACAGGUCGCAAAAGGGGAUCACAUGGCCUGGGACACUGCUACCGUCAUAAGUGUGAAUCGAUUGCCAAGCGUCUGAAUGUGAAUCACAUGAUCGCGGGGAUGCCGGGACAGUCGCACACUCGGUGUGUCUAGGGUGAAGCUGUGGUCCCCUGGACAUUCUCCAGACCAUCUGCAGCCAGAAGGUCAAGUGGCCCAUGGACAAGAGGACAGAGGUCUUCUAACCGGUGGGAUGGAGGACACAGUCUCCAAGGAAGAGACCCAGCCUCUCCCCUCCCCGAAGGGGCCUUCGGACUGCAAAGACGGAAGCGAUUGCACGGAGAACCGGCAUCUCCUGGACAAGGCCACCAAGCCGACCUUAGAACUGACCGACGGGGUCCAGAAACCCAACCCAGCCAGCCAUGGUGAAAAUCGAGCCACCAGUCCAGUGUCCAAUGGCUUCUCUGGAGCCCAGAGCCCUCUCGGUCCUGGCAAGGUGGCAGGAGACACCCUGGGCCUCCCCUCCGGACCCUCCCCUGGCCCGCCGACCACCGCCAUCUUCGGGGUGGUAGGAUCUCAACCGCCCUUGACGGAACAGCGGGAGAGAGAGACCUGGAGUAAAAAAAUGGACUUUCUCCUCUCGGUCAUCGGUUAUGCGGUAGACCUGGGCAACGUUUGGCGCUUUCCGUACAUAUGUUACCAAAAUGGUGGAGGGGCCUUCCUCAUACCGUACGCAAUCAUGGCCAUCUUCGGAGGAAUCCCUCUCUUCUACAUGGAGCUGGCGCUGGGGCAGUACCACCGCCAUGGCUGCAUCUCCAUCUGGAGGAAGAUCUGCCCCAUCUUCAAAGGCAUCGGCUACGCCAUCUGCAUCAUCGCCUUCUACGUGGCCUCCUACUACAACACCAUCAUGGCCUGGGCCUUGUAUUACCUCGUCUCCUCCUUCCGCAGCGACCUGCCCUGGGUCAGCUGCGACAACGCCUGGAACACCCCGCACUGCAUGAAUUAUUUCUCCAACCAGAGCAUCGCUUGGACGGCCAACUCCUCCUCCCCGGCCGAAGAAUUCUAUACGUAA